AUGGUGAAAAAUCUCAAAAUAUAUUGUGCUCUGUUCUUGUGCUUUUGCUUUAUAACAAUUGGAGAAAGCAGUGAAGUGGAGGAAGUUUUUCACUGGAAAGAAGUUAUUUUCGAAGAUCUACCUUUCGCAGAUGACACCCUCAUUGGCCCCUAUCCGUACAACAUUCCAUCCAGCAAUGAUGUGCAGGGCAUUAACUAUCAUGCUGCAAGCGGACUCAUGAUUGCCACUGUCGGACGACUUCGGCCAGGAGUUCCGUCGAAUCUCAACGCUUUCUGCACUUCAGAUUACGAUGAAGGAACGAGUCCUCAUCUUUGGGGAUUUCCCAAUUACGCAAGAAACACUCUCAAGGCAUCGUUUUACAAUCAAGGGAGAAGAUUGAAUUCUCUCAGGAAGAAUUAUUAUCCCUCAUAUUUUAAUCACAUUUACGCUGACUAUAUUCGAGAACAUGAUUACACCAUCGUUAGCGUCUAUUAUCCUCACAUUGAUGAACGAUGCAAUCGCCUUUUUGUUCUAGACACUGGAUAUCUGCAUUAUUCACCUACUCAAAAUUAUGAUGUGCAGAAUCCAGCACUUCUUGUUUAUGAUCUACCUUUGAAUGGAUGUCGAUCACGUAAUUUUCCAUUAAUAAGACGCGUUGAGAUUCCCAAUCAUCUUUGGACUUUUAAAAUGGGCCUUGACUUCAUAUCAUUUGAUUAUCAACCUAAAGGUUCAUGUGAAGAUUUAAUUGUUUACAUAUCCAAUGUUCUCGAUAACAGUUUAGUUGUUUACGAUUACAAACGCGGGGAUUUCUGGACAUUUGCCGAUGAAUCAAUGAAGCCAAUUCUUUCUGAAUCAAUACUGUUUUUCAAAACAUUCACUUACUUCAUUCCACUCGGAAUAACGAAUGUUGUCCUUGGAUAUCCGGAUAAGAAUGGCGAUAGAAAUCUUUACUACAGUCCAGGUUCAAGCGUAACAGAAUAUAUUGUCUCUACCAAGCUUUUAAAGGACAAAAAGGCCUCAUAUAAGUAUAAUAGGGAAGAUUUUACACUAAUCGGCUAUCGAGGCUGCGGCUCAGAAGCUUAUAGACAGGUCUUUGACCCAGAAACAGGAGUGAUUUUCUUCGGAGAAUCAAAUUCGCACAGAAUCAGUUGCUGGAAUACUCGACUUCCCUUCAAUCCAGACACAAUUGGAGUUGUUUUUGAGUCCGAUCUUCUGUUAUUUCCAUCUGAGCUGUUCUUGGAUUCGGAAGGUUUUCUCUGGUUUCUAACAAAUCAACUUCCUCUUAUGUUUAACAGCGCGGACAUUCUUGACACGACUGAGAUUAAUUCCAGACUAUUUCGUGUAAAGGCAUCUGAAGCUGUUAAAGGAACGAUUUGCGACAAUUUAUAUUAG